AUGAUAAAGGACAAGAGUACUGGGAAACAGACAUUUCAUGUGAUCAAGAAGAAUCAAACAAUGGAAACACACAAUCAGUACAACAACAACACGUCACACAAGUUGGAAAAUCCCACACCUCACAACACCAGCAGCAAUCGGCAAUAUCAAGCAGUCAGUCCUCACAACAUCAAUCCACAGCAACCAGCAGCCAAUCGUCACAAGCAACAGCAACAACAACAGGCACAAGCUCAGGCUAGCGAACAGAGCUCAGUAUCGGCACACAAACAGCACCAGUCAUCAGUAGGAGUCAGCAAAUCUGCUCAACAGCAGCAACAACAACAGGCACAGGCUCAGGCAAGCGAACGGAGCUCAGCAUCCGCCCACAAACAACACGAAUCGUCUGUAGCCAUCAGCAAAUCUGCCCAUGGAAGCGCACAGGAACAGCAGCAACAACAGCAGCAACAGCAGCAGCAACAACAACAGGCACAGGCUCAGCAACAACAACAACAACAGGCACAGGCUCAGGCUAGCGAACAAGGCUCAGUAUCGGCACACAAACAGCACGAAUCGUCCGUAGCAAUCAGCAAAUCUGCCCAUGGAAGCGCACAGGAACAGCAGCAACAACAGCAGCAACAGCAGCAGCAACAACAACAAGCACAGGCUCAGGCAAGCGAAAAGAGCUCAGCAUCCGUCAGCAAACAACACGAAUCGUCGGUAGCCAUCAGCAAAUCUGCCCAAGGUAGUGCACAGAGUUCUCAAUCCCAGCAGCAACAACAACAAGCACAGGCUCAGGCAAGCGAAAAGAGCUCAGCAUCCGUCAGCAAACAACACGAAUCGUCUGUAGCCAACAGCAAAUCUGCCCAUGGAAGCGCACAGGAACAGCAGCAACAGCAGCAGCAACAACAACAGGCACAGGCUCAGCAGCAGCAGCAACAACAACAAGCACAGGCUCAGGCAAGCGAACAGAGCUCAGCAUCGGUCAGCAAACAACACGAAUCGUCUGUAGCCAUCAGCAAAUCUGCCCAAGCUAGUGCACAGAGUUCUCAGUCCGCACAGGAACAGCAGCAGCAGCAACAACAGUUGGCCGUGGAAAGCAGUGAAUCCGCGCAUAUGGGACACUCUGGAAAGGAACAUCUGCUUUCGCAUGUUGAUGGCAUUAAAGCCGUGCAUGGAGGAAAGCAAGACGUAUUAGAAAAGAGCCAUCAUGUCGAUAACUUGAAAUCUGAUAAUAGUCAUCAGGGCUCUGAGGAAUGUAGCGAAUAA